AUAGGUAAAACCCAUAAUAUCUAAAAGUAUGGGAAUAUGUAGGGGAUUUCUAAAAUUCAAAAUACUACAUUAUCAUAAGUGAUAAGUUAUUUAACAUAACAAUCAAAAUGGGGAAUACAAAAUCAUCAGUGAAAAAGGAAUCAAUACCAAAAUACAUUAGGGAGAGGAAAUUUGACUACAACGACAAUGUGCUUAUUGACAUUGGCAUGCACAUGCCAGUGUACACGCCACUGAAAGAGAUGGACCAACCUUCUGUUGAGGAAGACAAUGCCGAUGUGUGGGUUCCAAGAGAUGAUAUCUAUAUGAAACCCGAUAGUCCUACAGGGCAAUGUACAAUUGUUACAAAGGAAACAGUGUUGGAUGGUUCCGGAUGGGACACAGUUUUAUAUGAAACUGCAGAUAGUGAAUACGACAUAAUUGGAGAUGUAUCAUAUGGUUCGUUGGAAGAAGUGAUGGCAUUAGAACGGUUUCACAUGAAACUUACAGUUUUCAGAAAAGUAAUUGUUGCGACCAUUGAUAUUUACAAAAUACUACCCCAUUUGUCAUUUGUGGAAUAUCCGUCUGAGUUCAGACAAAUUGCAAAGCGGAACCAUAGAGCUGCUAAAGAGUUGUUAAUGGAACAACUUCUAGAGAUAAAAUGUUUCAAUCAUGGAAACGUGUUCAUAAUGGGGCUUCAAAGAUGUGGAUAUCAACACUUGGCUAUGAUUUUGGAUGUUAAAGAUGAGUUUGACAGCCGUUAUGCAAAAAAGUACAUUGCAAUCAUGGCUGAUACAAUAAAGCCACUGAUUGUACCAUCAAACGUGACAUUUUAUUUGAGGAGCACUGGAGUAAUAAGUGAGGAAGAGGUACAGCUGAUUAACAAUGCCGAAAUGAUGCAAGGAAUUGAAAAGGCUGUGGAUACACUGCUGGAUAAAAUGCAACAGAGACAUGUGUACUGGUAUAGUCAUUUUGUAGAAGCGCUGAGGCAUGCAGAUAUGUCAGAAGCCGUGGAACUCCUAGACAUUCCUGAGCUCCACACGGAAUGCGCUGGAUUUCACCAAUCUGGAGGUCAAAUUACUUUCAAUGCAUCGCUUAAUUAUUUGCCUGCUGCACCAGCACCACCGACAACACGAUACGGAAUUUACCGAUCCCAUUUAGAACAGAACAAGACACAUGUUAACGACGAAGAGGAAACAAACACUGAUUUUGUUAUGGCGUCAGACACGCAUAUUCAGGGAGAAUAUUACGACGAUACUGCAUUACCGCCACGGGAAAUUAUCUCACAAAUAACCGAUGAAACGUUGACCAAGAUUGUAUACGUACCGAAAGGACACACACUACCACUUGGAUUCGAAGCUCAAGACACGGCAAAUUACACAAACGAAAGCGCUGACAGUGUUUUUGUUUAUGUUCAUGGGCGCGACACACCAAUAGCAGAAUUGGAUGAUAACUCAUCAAUUGGCUUUGUUAAAAUAGACGGGAUGAGAAACAAUUCACUUUUUGUGGCUGAGGCUCAAGUUUCACCCGGCAAGAGAUGUAAUAAACCGCAGUUGCCCCUUCCAGCAGAGGUGUUAAUAGAGCCUCCUUCACUUCCUCCCAAGAUCCCGCUGAAAGGAAAGCAGCCGUACCCACUUCCGCGCGCAUCGUUCAGAAAAUAUUCUCCUGUUCCUCCAAAUAGCGACAGUUAUAGACAGGCAAACCAUACACUAACGGAAAAGAAACAAGGCCUAAUAGAUGACGUUCAUUACGAAGACGAGGAAAUCCCUGAUAAAGGAACAACGUCUGACAACACUGUCGAGAAUAUCCAUAAGGUUAACAUUCUUGAUUUUUCAAAUGAGGCGGUUGAAAUGGCGACGACAAAGCAGAUUCAGAAACACCAUACAAGCCUGGAUGCGUUAGACAUAACGUCCAUUCAUACAAUGGACAAAGAGAUGCUUGUAAAACGUAUUGAACUGUUAAAAUACGAGCAAACUGAUGAUAUUGGGAAAACGGAAUUGUUAAAUACAAUGGCAGUGGAGAUUACCAAUUUAAGCUCUUGCAAGGUUGAGAAAAUAGAAGCCUUAAAAAAUGUCCAAAGAGCAGAUCAAAUAUUGAAAAUACAACAAGCCAAACUCGCAAGAAUAGUUACACAUAAUGACAAUUCUGCCAUCAAUGAUGAGUAUCCAUGCGAAGGCGUGUAUUCUGCCAGACAGCUUGAAAGAGACACAGAGAGACACGAAGCUGCAAACAUCAUGAGCACUCUUCUCAUAGCUGUCAUUCUGCGAAAUAUCCAAACCAACGGAAUACCGACGCGGUCUCUUAGACCAUUACAGAGAAACAGUUUUAUGAACAGAUCAUUUCGUCGACUUCCAAAGACAAGACGAUCAUCCUUCAAAGACUCUGCCUUUUACAGCUGCUCAAAUAUUUACACUAUUUACGAGGCGCCUGGACUGGAUUAAACAUCGCUACCUUUACUUGUAUCAUAUGGUCGCCUUUCAUUCGCGAAUAAAUACUUGAUGGUAAAACAAGUUGUACCUCCACUUUGUUGAAUUGAGUAAACAUGCGCAUUAUAUUGAUAUAUGUGUGUUCAUUUGCAUGAAAGCAUGUGAUUGUUUAAAUUCUUUUUAUUUAAACAUUUUAUUUUGUAUAAUUUCAAAAUUAAGCUAGAUAUUUUUGAUUAUUUUGGAACAACAUGAAGCGUAAAUGUCGAAGAACUUAAAUCAUAUCUCCUAGUUAUUGAAGAAAUAGUUAAGUUGGCUCAUCAGCGUAAUAAACAUGAUUUCAGGGUCUUAAGGGCACUUAAAGUAAUGGUUUUAUUUCAAUCACGUAAACUUCGAGAUUUGCAUACGGAUUUUUUUAUUUUUGAUAAUAGAACUUCAAAUCAGUACCAAUUAAAAGCAAGGUGCGUGUCGGAAUUUGAAUGGAUUAAACGUUUUAAAAUAGCUCACCCACGUGGAUUAAAUGAUAUAUGUUGUUCAUUUGCAUGAAAGCAUGCGAUUGUUAAAGUGCUUUUUAUUAAGGUAUAUUAUUGUGUUUAGUUUCAAAAUCAAGCUAGAUAUUUUGGAUUAUUUUGGAACAACAUGAAACUUUAAUGUCGAAGACCUUAUUUCAUAUCUCCUAGUUAUGGGGGUAGUAGAUAAGCUGGCUCAUUAACUUUUAUUAGCGUUAUAUAAAUAAUUUCACGUAAUACAAAUCUAGUAAUCCUGUUAGAAGUAUCGUGUUAAAUUAUAAUGCUAUUUCUACAGAUAUUAAUGUAAUAGAUAAUUGUUCAAUUGUAUAUCAUGCUACUUUUUUAGUUCAAAAUAUGUAUAUAAACCAGUUGGUCAUGUUAUUACUGGCGAUCUUAAUUUCAUUCGAAAUAAAAACCUAAGAAUUUUACUGCGCAGAAGCCCUAAAUAUAAACUUCCUAUUCCUAUCGAUUUUGAUAACUGCAUUAAGAAAAUCGAAACAUCUUUACACGAUUAUUGUACAAAAUGGUGCAGGAAGGAAAAUGCAGAAAUUACUGCACGCAAUUAAUGGAAAACCAACGUUAUUUGUAUAGCCAUGCAUAAGAUAUAUUGUUAUAAUACAAAUCCUGUGGCCUUAUCACAUUAACACACAUUUAAUAAACAAAGUCUAUAACAAUU